CAGUUUAACGCGUCACUUUGAGUGCUGGGUUUGGAAUAAUAAUUGAUGUUUUUUUCAUAACAUAAUUUAUCAGCGAUUUUCUAUGAUUGCAGAGUGAAAUUUGUGGACUGUGUUUAGUCAAAGUGCAGCCAACGUUAAGCUAAAUAAAACUCAGCUACUCGUGGGUGGUAAGAAUGCGUUUAAAAGCGUGAAAAUUGCUCAAUGUUUUCAUUGGAUUGAAGAAAGUCGGAAGAAAAGUUAGAUUGCAUUUAGUGGCCGAAUGAUCCCCCAGAUACAAAUCCAGCAACACAACUUCAAUAGUCGCAGAGAUCGAAUGAGAACACGGAGAGUGGAAACGAGCGAUUUGUGUGAGUGACAGAAAGAAUUUUGAUCAAUGCGAAUUGCAUACGUAUUUGUGUAGAGUUAUUAUUGUGUCUGUGAAUACAAAUGGUAUAUUCAAGUGCUUCGGAACUUCGGAAGUGUUUUCUGUCUGUGGAAAAGGAUGUGUUUGUGACAAAGAUGUUGGUAUAAUAUUUUCCAUUGAUCUGCUGAAUGAAUAGUGAAAUUAUCGGUCGUAGCUGGAUUUCAGAAAAAAAAAUAAAUAAAAAUAAAGAUGGCUCAAUAAAGGGUGGUGACAGUUUGUAUACCUGAAUUCAGAGAGGUUAAAAAGGAAGUAAUAUAGGCUUGCCGAUACCAAAAAAUAGUGCAAAUGUGAUUGAAUUGCAUUAAAUGCAAUACUACCAAAGUGAUAAAAGGAUCGAAUCUAUUCUUUACGGCAUUUAAACUAACGAAUUCAUCACAAGAACCUCUACUUGAAAAAUGUGACCCUCUAGAAUAUUUGCAUACAAGAAAUUUACUGUUUUCUAAACGUUUUGCUACUGUUUUUCACGUGCAUAACGAGAAAAGGAUUCUCAUCUCAGGGUUUUUUUUAAGAAUUUGCUUAAAAUGGUCGUACUGACCCAAGGGCUGGGGCCCUUCGUCUCCCGCCGUAACGUAUGUGAGAACAACGAGCCAAUCCACAGUUACAAUAUCGACGAACCACUUGAAAGUUUUACAGCAAACUGGAACGAACUGCAAUACACAUUCGCACUUGUAUUUGUAUUAAUUUGCUUUGAUUUUUCUUCGUCAUUGUUUUCAAACUUUAGCGAAGAAAAACUAUCGUCAUUCGAGGGCCCGCCAGUAGCGGAUGCCCUUUUUGCACUUUCUGCAUGGAUUCAAUGAAACGUACCGAGGCGAGCACCAGCCACCACCAAAACAAGGUGGUUUUAACGAACCAAGCAACAGACAGCAAUAACAAAUUAAAUCUUAGUAGUAGUCAUCUGAACAAUAAUACGGUAAGUCACAAACAACAACACCAUUCGGCUUUAUUGAAUCAAAAUCAAACGCCAGGAGCACAAGUAUCCACGCCGUCAAAUCAAAUAUCGAACCCAUCGAUAUCGGCAACCAGUGAUAUAAAUAAAGACUCCAAUUUUGAAUACGACGAUAACGAAUGGGAUGUAGGUAUAGGCGAUUUGAUCAUUGACUUAGAUGCAGAUAUUGAAAAAUCAUCCGUCAGUAAUCAACAUCAUCAGAAUCCAUCAGCGCAAGCUUUAGUCGAUUCCAGGACUGUGACGUCGCCUACAACAUCUCAAUUUUCGGCUGUAAUACCGGCCGAAUCUUCUACAAGCACAUUGAGAAGUGAAACUAAUACCAAUAAUUCGAAAAGAACAUCAAACUUAAAUUUGCCGGUCGGAUUACUUAAGGAGUUUGAUCCAGAGAUAGUGUGUUUUACAAAGGGGAUUGUUGCUUCCGCUAGUGGUAGCAAGUCCAUUGCUUCAGCAACCACGUCAACGAAAGGAGGAAACACGUCUUCUACUUCAAAACAUCACUCCUCCUCUUCCUCUUCCUCUUCCUCAUCACUUUCUUCUGGACACCAUCACCACCACCAUCACCAUCAUCAUCACAAAUCAACGGAUUCUGGAAAUCGAAAUUCAAGUAAUCUUUCCAGGCACUCUGUUCUACUUAGCCAGCUAAACAGUAGUAAACAAUCGAAUUUACAAUCCCUCACAACCUCGGAUAUUGCUGGAUUGAAACACCAUAAUUCUAAUAGUAACAGCAAUAACAACUGCAAUAACAUUGGUGGUGACAUUGACACACUGAAGAGCAGCCGAAGUAGCAGCUCAAGCACAAUGUCAUCAACGACAGGCGGUUCAGGUGGAAAAUCAGCCACCAAACUUGCUGUUGAUCAUCAAGCCACUUUAGAUAAAGGCUUAAAAAUGAAAAUCAAACGUACCAAACCAGGUACUAAAACUUCUGAGGCUAAACAUGAAAUUGUGAAAGCAGAGCAAAAUGGAACCAGUUCACUACCAGUGUCUAAUACGGAUGAAAAUAAUAGUAAUAGUAAUAGCAGUUCUAACUCCAGUAGCAAGAAACAUUCAUCACAAUCUCAGUCUCAAGCACAACUGGUUACUGCAAAUACCAGCUUAUCUCAACAGCAACAGACAGGGACUAAACGUGGAAGUAGUGGUCAUCGAAGAGACAAAGCGAAGGAUAAAACUGCACACCACAAUCAGCGUGAUAAAAAUGAACACAAUACCAACAGUAGUACUAACAGUAUCAGCGGCGGCUCCUCUACGGGGAGUGAUCGAUGCUGCAGUUGUACACAUGAAAUUCAAGUGAACGGUGUUCAACAGCCAUGUUCUAGUAUAUCCUGUGUACGAAAUCGGACUUCAGAUCAAUCAUUGACACCUCUAUCGCAGCGGCUAUCAAAUCAAAAUAUUUCGAGUACAAGUUCUUCGAGUAGUUUAUUCGCUUCAAAUUCAAAUGCGGGUUCAUCGUUAAGUAAUAACAAUACUCCCAAUGCUCCCGGCCCACCAACCUCAAAGGAUAACUGUAAGGUCUCUUCCGUGGUGGGUGUCAAUAAUACGCAGUUAUCCAAUCUUCAGCACUCUACCUCAUCUAGUGGUAGUAGUGGCAACAGCAGUUCCGGUUCUAAUAGUAGCAGCAGUUUGGCCACUAACAGCGCUAGCAUUAGCUCCGCCAAUAAUGUGUUAAAAUCGCAACUGCAAUCGUCGAUACCACCGCCAUCUAGUUUACUAAAUGCACUUGCGUCAGGAACAACGGUCGCCGCUAGUCCAACCCUUUCAUCUUCUGGCAUAGCAUCCUCUAGUAAUGCUUUGGUGUCAUUAGGAGAACACAGUUCAAGUCAGUUGAAGGAUGAAAAGAGUUGUACCAGUCCACCGCCUUCGAAACGUCAUAAAUGUGAUCCGAAGGAAAUGGUGGAUGUCUGUGUGGGCACAUCAGUGGGUACAAUCACCGAGCCGGACUGUCUCGGACCGUGUGAACCGGGAACGUCGGUCACGCUAGAAGGUAUUGUUUGGCAUGAGACAGAAGGCGGCGUGUUAGUAGUUAAUGUAACCUGGAGAGGUAAAACCUACGUCGGAACUUUAAUAGACUGUACAAAACAUGACUGGGCACCACCACGAUUUUGUGAUUCGCCAACUGAAGAAUUCGAUUCACGGACUCCAAAAGGAAGGGGCAAACGUGGUCGGAGUUCUGCAUUGUUUCCUGUUAAUGACCUUAGUAAUUUUACAGAGACUCGAAGUUCUAUGCAUAGUAAAUUAAGGAACGGUGGAUCAAAAGGUCGUGGCGGUCGUGGAACUACAACUGCUGAAAGUAGUUCGUCAAAGACGACAACAACUUCAACAACCACCACCGCUGGUUCAUCCAGCGGUACGACCACAAGCGUUAGUUCAGACACUCCUUCAACUUCUCCAGUUGCCUUUUUGCCGCCACGACCGGAGAAACGGAAAUCAAAAGAUGAAUGUCCUUCACCGGUAAACGGUGGUGGCAAUGGUGGUACAAACACAAAUACUUCGAGCGGCAGUGUGAUAACCCCCAAUAGUGUUAGUAAUGCAAAUGCCAGCGGCAUUGUAAAUAACGGUACUCCCAGCACUCAGAGUGUGGUCAAUCCUAUGACUGGACUGAACGUGCAAAUCUCUACAAAAAAGUGCAAAAGCACAGCAUCUCCAUGUGCGAUAUCUCCUGUACUCUUGGAGUGUCCUGAGCAAGACUGCAGUAAAAAAUAUAAACACGCUAAUGGAUUACGGUAUCAUCAAAGUCAUGCACAUGGCAGUAUCUCUUCCAUGGACGAAGAUUCAUCACAGCCUCCUGAAUCACCACAACGAGUAGCCCCUCCAACCACUCCAUCACCUACACCAACUGUUCAGGCGACUAUGCUCCAGACUGUAAAUGAAGCAACAGGUGUUGUGUUAUCAGUUACAAGCACUUCGUCUACGAUCACCACUACUGUGUCUCAGGCUGUAACAUGCUCUAUCACCAUGACUUCUAAUUUGGGUCAAAAUACUACAACGACAUUGCCAACAGUAACAUCGACAACUGCUGACACACGCCCUAUUCAAUCAUCAAGUACGUCACCGAGUCCCUGUUCACUUCUGACAGUUAAUGCCCCAACAGCAUCCCAAAUACCCGCGACGCAACCUCUGUUAUCCACUACAACACAGCCAUUACUAGUUUCCCCAUCACAUGUAGGUUCACAGCCUACUAAUACCUCGCCAGCUACCGCAGGAGGCAGCAUUACAACUGGAGUUGCAGGUCCCUCUCAACAACAAUCGUUAACAAGUGGAAAUACUACUACACUUGGUCCUGUUCUCACUGGAAGCGGACAAAAUGGAAAUAGUUCCACCACAACAACACCACAGUCAUGUCAAAUACCAAGUACCCAAUUACAACACCAAGUCGGUGGACCGUUGGGGUCGGCGAACAGCAAUAACAUGACCACUCUUAUCCCAUCAAGGAGCGAUUCAGUGACGAAAAGCAAAUCAGGUGUUUUGCGUUUUGGACCCCUGCCUACUGAGGGCGAACAACACGCAAGACUGACAACAGUUGCCCAAUCGAAUCCGAACCUCUCGGUUGGCAUUUCAAACUCGCAUGUCAUUGGAACACAGCAAAACCCUCCCGCAAGAUCAUCUACGAUCGCUUUAGGAAGCGGACUUUUGGCAAUGCAGCCGUCUACCCCAGGAUCAUCGGAAGGUGCCAAUACCAAAUCUCAAAACUGCUCGAAGCAAAAGAAAAACCGAAAAUCACCGGGGCCUGCAGAUAUUGAUGUGGCUGCUUGUACUCGUGCCGAGGAUGUUCAAAGUCCGGCAUACAGUGAUAUUAGCGAUGACUCUGCACCAGUAGUUGAUGCGAGCGAUCUAGACAAGUUGAAAAGCCAACCUAUUGUGGACGUUAGCAAGAAAACAAAUGAAGGUGUACAGGGCCAAAUGGGGCCACUUUCUAGCUAUGGUAUGUAUCCCUACUAUCCUGGUAUGCCUCAUCAGCCACCCUAUUAUGCACCGGAUCAUUCCGGAAAAACGCCCCAUAUAGGACAUUCUCCACUUAGUUCAAGUGGUGCUGCCAUGGAUUAUAAAAACAAAGAGCCGCCGCUCGAUCUCAUGAACAAGCCUAAUCAGCAACAGCAGCAAAUCGCGCCUCCACCGUCGCAACCAGGGCAAUCGCCACAUACACAAAUGCUUCCGGGUGAGGUGAGCGCUCAGGUUAACAAAGAUGGUCCUGUAACUCCUUUGGCACAUCCAAAUGCUGGCAAAAUGAUGCAACAUUUCUAUCCCUACGGAUACAUGCCGACUGGAUUUGGAUAUAAUUUAGAUCCUAACUAUGGACCUGUGUCCAUGAUAACGGAAGACAACAAACUAGUACAACAGCUUCCGCUCGGUCAAAUUAAAGAAGAGAGAAUUAAGGAAAGUCCUAGUCCUAACGAAUAUGCCAAAAUGGGUCCGCAGAUGGCUUCCACCAAACUUAUAAAGUCGGAACCGGCAAUGAUAAAGGAUAUUAAGACUGAAAGUGGACAUUCAAUACACCCUAAGGAUCAACCAUCUGCUGGUCAAUCACCUGGACAGACCCCUCUAAGUACUUACGGUGGAAUGUUCCCUCGACAUGGACUAAACGUAGGAUCAUCAUCACAGCCACCCCAACAUUUAAAUCGUGAAGAUGAUUUAAGACGAUUAUUCAAUUACUCUGAUCAACGAAGGUCAAGCACGUCGAGUAGUUCAUCAGUUUCCAACCUUAAUCCCAAAGAAGAACCUCCUACGGCAUCACAAACAGCUCCCGUUCAUCCACCUUUGGGUUCAGGACAUAAUCAAAAUCCUAUACAGUCUUCUACUAACGCUUCCCAACAACAGCAACAACAAAAGAAUUCAAAGAAUUCAUCAUCAUCACAAAAACAACAAAAGGAUAUCAAAACUGAGGAUAAGGAAUUACUUAAAGUGAAACAAGAGGGUCAAAAACCUACUAUGGAAACCCAAGGACCUCCGCCUCCGCCAACUUCGCAGUACUAUCCUCAUUCUCUUUACAUGAGUGCGGCUCCGUUUGGAUUUGAUCCAAAUCACCAAAUGUAUAGGAAUAUGCUCGUCCCAACGGCAUCAUAUAGUGCACCUCCAUAUCAUUUGCAAAUACCACGUUACACAUCGCCUGAGGACUUGUCGCGAAAUCCUAGUACAAAAGCUUUAGACUUACUACAGCAUCAUGCCAGUCAAUACUAUAACUCACACAAAAUCCAUGAGCUAAGAGAGAGUGCGCUUAAAAGUCCUACCAGCAACGUUAAAGUAAGCGUAUCUAGUCCCAAUCUUCCUCAGCCAACCAGUCAAAAUCCUAACAUGUGCAUUCCUUCAUCAAAUAGUAGCAUCAAUAGCUCAGCGUUAUCGUUACAGCAACAGCAACAGCAAGCUCCGCCCUCUGCACACCCCCAACAGUCACCAUCCGGACCUCCACAAGGUGGGCCAAAUGCUGGUAGUGGUGGAUCAGGCAGCGGUGGAGUGGAUUUACAGAAAGAAGGCGGUCCUACAAGCUUGGCUCAAGGCUCCACCCCAACUGGGGCACCUUCACAGCAGCCCGGUGCACCUCAAAGUGGUGCAAGGAGUCCACCACCACAGCGACAUGUGCACACGCAUCAUCAUACACAUGUCGGCCUCGGAUAUCCGAUGUUUCAGGCUCCAUAUGGAGCAGCUGUACUGGCAAGUCAGCAAGCGGCGGCAGCUGUCACAGUCAUCAGUCCGUUUCAAACAGGACCUCCAACUAAGUAAAACAAGAGUAAAGAGUAAACAAAAAAGUUUUUCGUAAGUGAUAUGGUGCGGAAAACGUUGAUAUCGUUUUCCACUAAUACAAUCAAUGGAACAGAGGGGCAGGCAAAGCGCUUCGAUGAUUAUGCUGAUUAGGGAUGCACAUGACAAAUUCAGUGAACAAACAGGAGAUGAAGCAAAAGUGUGAUAGAAUAGUUUUUAUAUAUUAGACAUAUGAACGAUGGCGAUACAAAAAAGUACGACAACAUAAUGCUUUGCCCACCUUCAAUAGUUGAACGGCACGAUUAAGUGUUUUUACUGGCGUACUAAGAAUGAGGUUUUAACUGAAAUAAGGAACAUUGUAUUGCGUAGGAUUAAAGUUAGAACCGUACGUUUAUUAUUGAUAACCUUAGCGUAGAGACAGAUUAAAUGCAAAAAUAUCUAUUUUUGUACAAAAAUCGAAAAUGAGUAAAAAUAUUACACAAUUUUACUAGUAGCGCAACUCUAUGGUAAACAGUAGGUAAUUAUGGUCAUUAGCUGAUUACUGGUAAUAUUCUGACAACCAAGUGUGUACAUAAAAAAUAUGAAAUAAUAUUCUUCGACGAUGGUUUUACCCAAAGGUAUCAUCAAGUCAAUCAAUUUGCAAAUUUUCAAUACGAAAACGUAAAUCAAUUUCCCUUCAUUCAGAAGGACGAGGUAAACAUGUUAAAAAAUAUCACCAACAAUAAGUGUAAAUAUAUCGUUACUUUAAUAAUAAAACAAAAUAGCCUGUUUCUUCUUGAAUGUUCCACAUAAAUUCAACUUUCUCUAAAGUGAAACAAAAAGUACUGUAAUAUUGGAAUCGGUCUACAAAUUUUGAUUUGCAGUGCUGCAAAUAACUGCCUAUAUUACUUUUAGAAUCUCGGGUAACGUUUUGUCAGACCAAAUGAAACGCAAUUGAAUUCGAGGGGUAAAUUCAUCUAAUCAUUCUUCUUUUGUUGUUUUUCGGAACAUUCGAGCGCAGCUAUGACUGAUAAACACUUGAUCGGAGCCCAUCGUAGAAGCAAAGCUUUCGCGAAUAUUUACAGAAAUAAACAGAAGUUAGUAGUGUUGAAAAGUGUAAAAUCUGCAUUCUUUACUCACCAAUAAUGUUUGAAUAUACGGGUGUAAAUUGCUGCAUAAACGACUGUGGUGGAAAAUGGUACAGUGGUGUAGAGCUACACAUGAAUUACCCAUAAUUUGUUAAACGAAAAACUAACGAUUAGAAAAAAAAAUCUUCUCACACCAUCACUAACGGGAAGUAGUUAUUUUAAAAACGAAUUGUAAACAAAGCUUUAGGUGUGAAAUACUAACUAUUAUAGUGAGAUAACAAUUAUUAUACCGUACAAGAUCAACCGUUGGUGAAUAAAUAAUUGAAAAUGAAGUUUUAUGCACAGAACAUCAAUGUUCAUAUUCAUCUGUCUAGAAGAGUCGAACUGGCAUUUCAAAGACACCGGUUCCGAGAUAGUAAACGAACAGAAAGUUGCUAUCCUUUUUCUCGAUAAAGAUGGAAGUUCAGAGAUUAACUACAGUAAUAUACGUGUAAAAGUAAAUUUAAAAAAUAUAAUUACGUAUAAAGCUAUUAUGUAUAGAAAUACAUUCCUUGUAUUGAAAGCAUGGUCAAAAUUAAAACAACUAUGAAACAUUGUAAA